AUGGCCGAAAAGCAUAGCGAAGAAGAAGAGGUGAUUACUGCGAAAGAACCUAGCGGAGGAGACGAGCCGUUUCUUAUCAACGUAGUCAGCCAGAACACUGACGAUGCACCAGUACUUCUCCAAGUACGGGGCACCGACAAAGUUGCGGACGUCGUGGCCAGGCUCGAGGAUAAGGCGGGGAUCCCUCGCGGUAACUUACGGCUGCUUCUUUCCGGCAAAGCAUUGAGCAAGGACUCCACUAUUGAGGAGUGCCGCAUUGAUUCCAAAUCUGUUCUUAGUAUGUUUGUGAUUUUCAGAGUAAAAGUGGGCCCUGCGACUGGAUUUAAUUUCUUUCUAGGUGAUGUUAUUGAUCCUGGUCAACCGAUCAGCACAUUGAAGGUUAAUUUUGCAUUUCAUUCGUUGAAAAAGUUCAACGAAAAAGGAGUUGGUAAAGAGUUUCGUCUGCAAAACCUUAGGUUGGUUUAUUAA